UACUGGAGAGGUGGUGGGUCCGGGUGAGGGUGACGGCUCUGUCGGUCCGCUGCUGCCUCCCAGCCUCAUGAGCUGCACCAGAAUGAUCCAGGUUUUGGACCCACGUCCUCUGACCAGUUCAGUCAUGCCAAUGGAUAUGGCCAUGAGGUUUUGCCUGGCUCAUUCGCCACCUCUGAAGAGUUUCUUGGGCCCUUACAAUGACUUUCAACGAAAAAAUUUUGUGAAUAAAUUGAAGCCUUUGAAAUCAUGUCUCAACCUCAAACAGGAAGCCAAAUCACAGAAAGAAUGGAAACACUCACACAACCAAGCCAAGAAGCGGGUUGUAUUUGCCGACUCCAAGGGCCUAUCUCUCACUGCAGUCCACGUUUUCUCUGACCUUCCAGAAGAACCUGCAUGGGACCUCCAAUUUGAUCUCUUGGACCUUAAUGAUAUCUCCUCUGGUUUAAAACUCCAUGAGGAGAAAACCCUGAUUUUAGAUUUUCCUCAGCCUUCAACUGAUUACUUAAGUUUCCGGAAUCAUUUUCAGAAGAACCUUGUCUGUCUGGAGAACUGCUCUUUGCAAGAACGGACAGUGACUGGGACAAUCAAAGUGAAAAACAUGAGCUUUGAAAAGAAGGUUCAGGUCCGCAUUACGUUUGACUCGUGGAAAAGCUAUACGGAUGUGGACUGUGUCUACAUGAAGAAUGUGUACGGCAGCUCAGAUAGCGACACCUUCUCCUUUGCCAUUGACUUACCCUCUGUCAUCCCAAUUGAGGAGAAAAUUGAGUUCUGCAUUUCAUAUCAAGCUAACGGGCAAGUCUUCUGGGACAACAACAAGGGCCAGAAUUACAGAAUUGUUCAUGUGCAGUGGAAACCAGAUGGGGUGCAGACACAGAUGGCACCCCAGGACUGUGCAUUCAGCCAGAUGCCCCCCAAGACUGAGCUGGAGUCAACCAUCUUUGGCAGUCCGAGGUUGGCCAGUGGACUGUUCCCAGAAUGGCAGAGCUGGGGGAGAUUGGAGAAUUUGGCCUCUUACCGAUGAAUUAAGCAACCUAGUGACUGAUCUUGACCUGUGGUAGUCCCCAUGCAAUUCUAUAUCUGUAUUGCUCAAUAUUAGGAAGCCUUUGCUACUUUCUACUGAUAGGUUUAGGUUUGAACCUUCAGGGCCUGGCACCAGAAAAAUAGGAGCCACUUGAGAAGUUAGUGUUGGUAUCCAGACAGAUGAUUCUACUCAUCAUUUUGUUCUAGAUGAUCAAGUAACUGCCUGAGAACUAUUACUGUUUAAGUAAUCUUUUUUUUUCUUUCCAGUGUCCUUCCUGUCUUCCCUCUCGGUUACUAGCUUUCACAUUGGGCAAGAAAAAGUUGAAGAAGGACAGUUGAUGGUGAUGGAAAGCUGUGUUAAUGGUGUGAGGAAGAGUGUGUGAAAGGGGUAUGCAAAUAGCUCUGAGGCUUGAGUCAGAGUAGGAGUUGAGGUCUGAACAUUUAAUUUUUGUUGGUGAAACUGUAAGGUUAUUUUUGU